UCUUCAGGUUUUGGUUUAAGAGGUGGUACCGGUCGUUGUUUCGGUGAAUGGCAACGUUUUAUGGAAUGUUACACUAAUGCUGGCACUACAAAACCUUCUCAAUGUCAACCAAAUGCUGAUGAUUACUUUGAAUGUCUCCACCAUUCAAAGGAGAAAGCAAGAACUUUGGCUAUAAAAACUGAAUAUUUAAGACAAAAA